CUAAUUCACAUCACAUUUAUUGAGCUAAGUGAAACUCGUCGAAAUCUAACUACGUUCUAUAAAUCAAUGAAACGAUAAUAGAGCUGAGAGCACGUUAUGGAUUAAUAAAGUGUUUAUCUAUCAUCCGUAACAAUGUAUCUGUGAUGUGACAAGUUUACGUUUGGUUGUGCUCGCCCGGGGACGGGGCGCCGGCGGCGGCGGCGGCGCGGCGCAGUGCGGCGCUAUCGAGCGGCCGGGCGGGGCGGCGAGCGGCAGUCGCGCGGUGCGCCCCACGGCCAUGGGUGGCGCGCUGCUGCUCGCUCUGCUGGCGGCCGCGCGGGCCGGCGAGCCCAACACCACCAUCCUCGACUAUGACACCUCGUCGUACGAGCCGCGGCCCACCGAGCCCGAGGAGAAGGCCCCUCUGUUCCCCACCGAUCUCUUCACGGAGGAGCAGCGGCGCUCCGGGGCCGUGCUGCUGCACGUGCUCGGCAUGGGCUACAUGUUCGUCGCGCUGGCUAUAGUCUGCGACGAAUUCUUCGUCCCGUCGCUGGACGUGAUCAUAGAACGGCUGGCGAUACGGGACGACGUGGCCGGGGCCACGUUUAUGGCGGCGGGCGGCUCGGCCCCGGAGCUGUUCACGUCCGUGAUCGGGGUGUUCGUCUCGUUCGACGACGUGGGGAUCGGGACGAUCGUGGGCUCGGCCGUGUUCAACAUCCUGUUCGUGAUCGGUGCGUGCGCGUUGUUCUCCCGCACGACGUUGACUCUGACCUGGUGGCCGCUGUUUCGCGACUGCAGCUUCUACUCGAUCAGUUUGCUGGUGUUGAUAUACUGCUUCCGGGACAGCCUGAUCUACUGGCAGGAGGCGCUGGUGCUGUUCUCGCUGUACGGGGCGUACGUGAUGUUCAUGCGGUGGAACCAGCAGGUGGAGCGCGCUGUGAAGAAGGUCAUCUACAAGAACAAGGUGACGCGCGUCCGCAGCACGGAUCAGCUGAUGCCCACGCACCAGACCGCCGCUCAAACCUUGCACGGCAACGCGACGACAUCGAGCGAGACGUCAGUGGGCACCAACACCGCGGCCGCGGGCCCGAGCAAGCAGCCGGCAGCGAAGUUCCGUCACGGGCUGCUGCAGCUCAUGAUACACACCAUCGACCCGAUGCACGACGGUGAGUUAGGCAAAGUGGACGAGAAAGCAACACAGCUACACGCCAUAGCGUCGCUAAAGGUGCUGCUAGAGGCCACGAAACCGGCGGCGGGCGGGGCGGGCGCGGCGUCGGCGCGGAACUCCGCCGCCGUGGCCAAGGAGACGCCGCUAGACCUGCCCAACGGAGGCGUGCAGGAUGUACAUUUAGAUGCUAUAGAAGAGAUAGGGGACCUGGAGGAGGACACGACGCCAUUGGACAUGUCGUGGCCCUCCGGGUUCCGCAAGCGACUGACCUACUUGUUGGUCGCGCCCAUAGUCUUCCCAUUAUGGAUCACUCUCCCGGACACUAGGACUCCGAGAGGGAAGAAUCUAUUCCCCCUAACGUUUAUAGGAUCCAUAGUAUGGAUCGCGUUCUUCUCGUACCUCAUGGUGUGGUGGGCGAACGUGGCCGGCGCGACGGCGCACGUGCCCCCCGAGGUGAUGGGGCUCACCCUGCUGGCGGCGGGCACGUCCGUUCCAGAUCUCAUCACGUCGGUCAUCGUGGCGAGGAAAGGGUUCGGAGACAUGGCGGUCUCUAGCUCUGUUGGCAGCAAUAUUUUUGAUGUCACUGUUGGGCUCCCACUGCCGUGGCUGCUAUACGGACUGAUCAACGGGCAGCCGGUGGAGGUCAACUCCAAGGGCAUGGUCUGCAGCAUCGUGCUGCUCUUUGCCAUGCUGCUGUUUGUCAUUUUGAGCAUCGCGUGCUUCAGGUGGAAAAUGAACAGAGGCCUCGGCUUCACGAUGUUCCUGCUCUACUUCGUGUUCGUGGCCGUCAGUCUCAGUCUGGAGUACGGCUACCUCCACUGUCCUAGCGAGUAAGAACGUUCCAGAACAUUCUAGAACAAUCGGGAAUAUUGCAGAACAAUCAAGAGGAUCAGCACGAGUCACUUAAGCGAUAGGCCACAGAAAAACCUGAAAGCAAUUGGACUAGAAUAUGAGAAAGAACAUAUUAAAGAAAGAGUAACCAAACCCAAAGCAGCGUCUAUCCUCCAUCGUUCAAGCUCGCAUCCUCACCUUCUUUGGACACGUUUCUCGACGUGGAGAUGUAUCCAUAGAGCGACUGGUGGUGCAGGGCAGAGUAGAAGGUACCCGAGCGCGAGGAAGGUCGCCCGUGAGGUGGACGAACCUAAUAAAGGCAGCAAUGGCCAGCCCCUUGCACGAAUGCGCUAAACGCGCAGCCGUCAGGGAGGAGUGGAGGCGAGCCGUCAAACGUGUCACAAAGGGAGACUUCCAAUGAUGACCACGACCGCUCUGUCAAGAGUGUUCCGAUCAAGAAGAGAGAACCAAACCCUUCGUGCCAAGGCAGUGGGCGGGGGUGGAUAGGACAAAAUAAUUUGAUUUGUUCCCUAUUUGAACUAGGACUUGUUAUUACAAGGAAGGUAUUCUCAAUAAAGAGCAUUAAAAGAUUCUGAUAGUUCAAUUGUCGGGGUUACUUCCCGUAUUUACUCGAUGGAACUGUGUACCGAAUCCUUAACUCAUUCACUGCUAAGCUAUGGUCGUAGCGCUACGUCGUAGCCGUUAACAUGGAUUUUGAUUAUUGAAACGAUAUGGCGUGGUUAGCUCAAUGGGUUAAGCAAUACAGUUCAAAAAAUGUCAGCUCCACAGAUUAACGGAAAAGUAGCUAUUAAUUCAAAAUGAAAAAAUGGCCGAAGUGACUUGUUGCAAAAAAAUUAUAGCAUUGAUUUUAAUUGAAGUUGUUCUGAUAUUAUGGCUCUUCUACACGAUGGGCCAGCGUCGGCCACUCCAAGGGACACAGCCAUGCAGUAGAAUGAGUGGCCAGCGUUGGCCCAUCGUGUAGAGGAGCCAUUAGGAAAUCAAUUGGUCCAACGAGCAUUCAAAAAAAUAGGGAACUAGACGUUUGAUGUGAACUAGAUCUGUAUACAUUUGUUCAGUCCAGUUUUGUUAGUUGAAUUAGGUUGUUUUCCAUGCAUGUCGAAGCACAAACGAAAUGUUGUUAAAUUGCUCAAAUUCACAUAUUAUUUGUAAAUGCCUUUGCUUUAUAUGUGGAGGAGGCUUUACGCUUAGUUUAUAAACAAGAGAGACAUGAGCACCAAAGGAGUCCAAUAAUCAUUCUUUGCAAAAGAAUGAAGUGUAUUAUAGAGUUCGACCGUAAAAAGUCUGCAGCUAUUUUGAUAGCCCACGCAGUGCAAGUGUCAUUUUAAACGUCAAACUUCUAAGAAAUUAUGACGUAUAAAUAACACUUCCACUGCGUGGGCUAUCAAAUCCGCUGCAGACUUUUAUUGGUGCGACUAUAGGAUUGUAUAGAAAUCCUAAUUGAUUGCAAUAAUGAGCGUAAGCUUCUGAUUUUAAUUGGCUGGUUGCGCGUGAGUUGCUGGCAGUAUAUUGAACUCUUUCUUGCAAACCUGAAAAAUGACACGUGAGAGCGAGACAAGUAUCUGCCAGCAGCGAGCGCGUUAAAGGUGUGUACAGACUUGCAAGCGGUGCAAUCGGCUAGAUUUUUUGUAUCAAAAUUGUAAAUUAUAAAGGAGUAGCCACACUAGAGACUGUAGAUAUUUAUAUGAAUGUUAGAGGUUCAUUACCUAACCGUUGAAUAAAGGCGCUUUUAUGAUGCCGUUAGCGUUAUUGCUAAUUUAUAAUAUUAGAUUAUAUACGUGUCAGCUAUUAUUGUGCGUAUGUUUUGUAAAUAUUGUUUGAGAGCGUUACGUUGGGUCCGGGACCCGUGUCCACGUUUAUUUCGGGUUAGAGUGCGCACGGAGAUUGUACAUAGCGUAGCUCGGAGCGGGGCAAAUGGGUAUGAUAACGCAUUCCAUAAAAUGUGCCUAAGAGUUCGUAGGAGCUCCUUUACAUUGUUAGCUUCGUGUAUAUUCAAUAUUCGUAAUUCGUUGAUUCGUAAAUUUCAUCUAAUAGCAAUUAAAUACGGUUUAUAUAAUAGUGCUACACUUCAGGGGGCCUACCGCGAACGUUCGGCGUGUUGCCUCCCUGUCAUACUUACGUACGAAUUUACAAGUGCGACAGAGAGGCAACACGUCAAAUGUGGUUCGUGGUAGGCCCUCAGGGCGCAUUUGUCCCGCUCUUCGGUAGGUAGAUUUUUACACUCUUAAUGAUUACUUUCUUCUCUAUCUUCAACUAUAUUCAACUACGGAUGUAUAUGCAAGAGCAGUCAAUUCUUAAAAUAAUCUGAAGUAUUUAAAGGUUAUAGUUAUGGUUGGUCUUGAAGGAAGGUCUAAUGAUAGGUGCCUUUAUAUUGGUCUUAUAACGAAACUACGGUGUCGGUUAGAUCAGAGCACACCGGCUGCGCACACUAACAUGAUAGAGCCGCGUGCACACGACACGCAAGCGGUGUGGCGUCUCUCAUAAGGAUAUGCAUAUUACAACGCGCACGUGCAUGC